GGGAGGGAGGACCAGAGAAAAAGAUAAGGAAAGAGCCAGGCAAAGGAAUGCAAGGGCAAGAGAAAAACAGCAAAGGUUGCAGUGGGAGGAGACUCCGACACCGAACAUGGAAAAUCCGGGGGAGGAAGCAGACACAACGAAGGAGUGGAACAGAUCCUGCUGGGUGUGCGGCUCCGACAUCAGCGGAAGAAAGCAAAAGCAUACAAGCGUGUCAGGAGAGGUCACUGGCGUGCCCGAGCGCCACCUCAUGCGAACCAGGCAAAGAACACGGCAGCAACAGCAACAGCAUGUUGGAGAAAGAGUACCGCAUUUGCAUGCCACUAACUGUGGAGGAGUACAGGAUCGGGCAACUGUACAUGAUCAGCAAGCACAGCUGUGAGCAGAGUGAAAAUGGAGAGGGGGUCGAGGUGGUAAGGAACGAGGCCGAUACUCACCCCGAGCACGGCCCGGGACAGGUGACGGAGAAACGAAUCUACCUCAGCAGUAAGCUGCCAACCUGGGCGAAGUCGCUUGCCCCGCGAUUCUUCUAUGUGAAAGAGACAGCCUGGAAUUUCUACCCGCACACAAUUACAGGUGCUCACUUGCAAAGAGAAAGAGAGAGAGAGAGUUUUCAUGAACUUUAAUAACCUCUUCUUUUCACCUUUCAGUUAUCGUUCCUCCCCAUGUUCAGCAUCUACAUUGAAACACGGUUCGAGAACAACAACGGCUGUAAUGACAAUAUAUUUGGUACGCCAACGCCGGCAGAGCAUGUGAGUUUCCUGGAUAUCCUGAGUGACCCCAUCCCAGAAAAGCACUACAAAGAGUCAGAGGACCUGUCUCGCUGGCAGUCGAGUAAGACUAAGCGAGGGCCUCUGAAGGAGGGCUGGAGGGAGGAGCACCAGCCCAUCAUGUGCUCCUACAAGAGGGUGCGCUGCAACUUUGAGGUCUACGGCUUCCAGACCAAGACGGAGGAUUUCUUACACAAAAACAUCCGGGACAUUCUCCUGAUUGGUCACAGGCAAGCGGUGGCGUGGGUGGACGAAUGGCACGGGCUAACCUUGGAAGAGGUGAGGCAGUACGAGGACAAGAUGCAAAAGCAGACCAACAGCAAAGUCAAACCUAACUCAGGAACUCCGACCUCAUCUGCUCCCAUGUUCUCUCGCUCCAUGUCGGUGACGGACGAGUUUACGCUGAAGAAGAUGGGAGCCUCCGAGCCCUCGGGGGGCACCACUGUUCCACAUGGUCACAUCCGGCCCAACUCCACCUCUGAAUGAGAACCCGAGUUGGGUCACAGCAUCAAACACAGUCAACAUUUUUAUUGACUUGUGUUGAUUCUGUCAUGUACAGAAAGCAUGAACGCUGUUUGUUAUUGUUGUUUUUUAACAAGGAAUAUUUCCGCAGACGCCUUCAGGGGGACAACAAGUGCACUUAGUAGAGCUCAGACCUCCAACCAAGUAGAUUUGCAAAAUUUCAGACAUUUUCAAAGUUGGACAAUUUUCACAUGGAUUAAAAAAAAAGAACAGACAAUAAUUUACCAAAUUGAAAGUUGGGUUUUAACUACAAACUUAAAUGUAGUUGAAAAAGAUAUAUUUUAGCAUAAUACUUUUUUUGAGUUACAUGCCAUUGUUUUUUCUUUUUGGGUGGAAAUGACAUUUUUCUAUUGAAAUCCAAGCUAGAGUUUGUAGUGUUAAAACUGCUAGCAAGAUUAAAAAAUAUCCUAACAUAAACAAGCUCCAUUCUCAAAAUUACAGAGAACAAAAAUUUUAGUUUACAGAGACCUCAUAUCCAUCUUUUAAAAAAGAAAUGCAGCACUAUCAAUGCUAAACUAGCAUUAACAUUAUAAACGAGCUACCGCUAGCCACAGUGCUGGCUGAAAUGUUCCAGAAUUUUUUCAACACACUUUGUAGCCCAACCACAUAGGCUUAACAAAACCAAUUUCGAUGUUGAGGUGUAAUCUGGAUUUACAGCAAAACUGCAUGCUUCCUUCCUCAGACAAUCUCGAGUGCGGGACUUUCAUCCCACAAAGCACGUUUUGUGCGACUCUGAGUUAUUACACGUUCAUGUUUUAUGGCGAGUCAUCAAACUCGGCCGCCACGCUGCUUCCACACGCACUCCCAAAUACAAACAUUUUUCACAAUCACGUUUGAAAGCAAUCACGCAAAAUCUUGAGGACUAUUCACCCGGAAAGUUAGCCUGAAAUGGCUUCCAUAUUUUCUUGGGCCUUUUUUCUUGUCUCCUCGUGAAGAACACGCCUACCAAAAUGUCCCAUCACUGAAUCAAAUUGGAUUUCAGAAAGAUUCUUUGGCGUACUAGAGCCAAAUUUUGUGAGCAUGCAGACGCCCUAAAAAUGUUGAUUGCCUGUAUUUUUGAAUUUCCCUUGCCUGGUGGUCACACUGUAGCUGUCAGGAAUUCAGCAGACCACCGGCUGGGCGUCACCGUUGUGCCCCCCGCCUCCAGACAGAUGAGUGGAUCUAAUGAGAAAGAGGCCGUCAAUGUUAUGGAUCGGCCUCCCUCCGCACCUCGCCCGAAAGGUUACGGCGGGUGUAUUGACACGCGACGCCGAAUCAGCGCUUGAUCUCUUAGCUGAGAGCUGCAAAAUGGGUCAAGCUGUGCUAAACUUCAAUUAGGAGUCAAUAAUGUAGCCAUGAUUAACUUCAUUUUGUACAAAAGAAGAUUCCGCAUUCUGUGCAUAGAUAAUCGCAUCAUUAUUUAGCAUUCCAUUUUGCAUGAAUCAAAAGGGAGAAUGUAUCAGGAAAGGACAUGAUGUAUUUUUGUUUUUUUCCAAUAAAUGCAAUUUACAGUGA